AUGCAAAUCUUCGUCAAGACACUCACCGGCAAGACUAUCACUUUGGAAGUCGAGUCCUCUGAUUCCAUCGAAAACGUCAAGAACAAGAUCCAAGACAAGGAGGGCAUUCCUCCAGACCAGCAACGUCUUAUCUUUGCAGGCAAGCAGCUUGAAGACGGCCGCACCUUGUCCGAUUACAACAUCCAAAAGGAGUCCACUCUCCAUCUUGUCUUGCGUCUUCGUGGUGGUAUGCAAAUCUUCGUCAAGACCCUCACUGGCAAGACCAUCACUUUGGAGGUUGAGUCCUCUGAUUCUAUUGAAAACGUAAAGAACAAGAUCCAAGACAAGGAAGGUAUUCCCCCAGACCAGCAACGUCUCAUUUUCGCCGGCAAGCAACUUGAGGAUGGUCGCACUCUCUCUGAUUACAACAUUCAAAAGGAAUCCACUCUUCACUUGGUGUUGCGUCUUCGUGGUGGUAUGCAAAUCUUUGUCAAGACCCUCACUGGCAAGACCAUUACUUUGGAAGUUGAGUCAUCCGAUUCCAUUGAAAACGUCAAGAACAAGAUUCAAGAUAAGGAAGGAAUUCCCCCAGACCAGCAACGUUUGAUCUUUGCCGGCAAGCAACUUGAGGAUGGUCGCACUCUCUCUGAUUACAACAUUCAAAAGGAAUCCACUUUGCACUUGGUGUUGCGUCUUCGUGGUGGUAUGCAAAUCUUUGUCAAGACUUUGACUGGUAAGACCAUCACUUUGGAAGUGGAGUCUUCGGAUUCUAUCGAGAACGUCAAGAACAAGAUCCAAGACAAGGAAGGUAUUCCCCCAGACCAGCAACGUCUUAUCUUUGCCGGCAAGCAACUUGAAGAUGGUCGUACUCUUUCCGAUUACAACAUCCAAAAGGAGUCCACUCUUCACCUCGUGUUGCGUCUCCGUGGCGGUUUCUAA